AUGUCGUCGAUAAGCACGAGUUCUGACGACGAACGGCUCGAAAAGCCAGUCGUGGAGCGCAAGUCUGUAGGUGUGCAGAUACAGGAACCACCCGUUGAUGCGCAUUAUACUAGGCAUAAUGUGGUAGAUUAUGCCUUGUUUUUGUGUCGUGGUCGUAAAAAUAGACGACGGAUCUCGAAUUCGGACGAUGGGCGCGACCAUGAUAAAUCCAAUACUCGUCUGGUUGUGCUUGAUGAAUCCACAACACUGGAUUUUCAUGAGGAUGUUCGAACGUUGUCUGCGAGAACUCCAGCCGAAGGCGGCCCACAUGUACGCUUGGUAUUGAUGAAUCGCGAUGAAGGAACCUUCCUUGAAGACAAGAGCGAAACCCUGGAUAUGCUCCAGCAGUAUUGGAGCAUAGAUAUGGAUGAUGUGUCUUUGUUGACUUCCCACUUGGUUUCCAGCUACCAUAGCCGAAUUGUGAGAGUCGAUGGCGAUAUAUGUCUGGAUAUAAGCUACAACAUAAGAGAGGAUAUUCUAUACCUCGACCAAAACAACAUAUCAUCGCUGGAGAGUACUUUAUCAGUCAACGUGAUCAAGCCAACAGAUCUGCGAGUACAGCACGAAUACGAGUCGCUCUAUUUUCGACACAAUCUCACCACUGGACAGACAACCUAUAUAUUACCAAAUGCGAGUCGCGAAUAUCGUAGUCUACUUGAUAGUGUAGGCCGCAAGUUUUCGGAAAGGGUGUCCAGCAUGCAUCCAUUCUCCUUGCAUGCAGUCAUUCUAUUCCAGAGUCUCGCCGCACGAAGUGUGCAAAUAGACGAUCUUUACCGUCGCUUGUUGUGGAUUGAGACGCAGAUAUACCAAGGAUCGAUCUUUCAGGGGACGAAUUCCGAGAAGUUCAUACGAUACAUUCAGCUUUCCCAUAAAUUGUCUCGAACUCUUAUAACACUAGAGCAUCGAAAUGAGCGGGAUAGAUCUCAUAUCGAGAAACUUUUGGACGAUCACAAACGCCUGCGAAGGUUGAUUAAACAAUCUUCUCCCCGGCCACAAGACCACAUUGACAUGAACAUGCACGAACAUGUUCGAGACAGUCUAUUGAGUCUAAAAGACCUCGCCCACGACCAAGACCGACAAAUAGUCAAUUCGCAACGCAAGACUCAGCUUUUUAUAACUCUACUCUACAACCUCAUUACCGGCCAUGACAGUGGCAUCAAUCUGCGAAUAGCAUCGGAAACGGCCAAAGUCGCACAUGAAGCGAAGAAAGAUAGCACUUCAAUGAAAAUCAUCGCCGGAGUCACCAUGUUCUAUCUUCCGGCAACGUUUGUUUGUAGCCUUUUUGGUACAAAUUUUGUUGCACUUAAUACUAAUACUUCUGAGCCGACGUUUAUUGUGUCGAAAUUAUGGUGGGUGUAUAUUGCAUUUGCUGUUCCUUUGACGGCGGCAACGAUCAUGGGAUUUCACAUUUGGCGACGUUGGCGUCGAGAACAGGUAAUAUUAGACGACAAAUAUGAGGUUUGA